CGCUCUCUCUCUCUCUCUCACUCCUCUUUCUCUCUCCUCUCUUGCCUUUGUCUCUUAUCACAUUUGCCUGACUCCGGAUUUUCAGUUCUUCUUUCCUCAAACCCCCCACCCCCACCCUGCUAAGAAAAGAGAGAAAAGGCCGAAAAAAGAAAAAACCCCCAUAAUUUUUAUUGGCCUCUUCUUGUUUCUGCAACUCUGAAACCCUAAAUUUGAUCAAGAACGGUUGGCGUGAACUGAGUAGAGGUGAGUUGUGUUUUGGAUGAGACUGAAAGGAGGCGGCGAAAGGAAACUGCUGCGGGAGUAGAGGAAUAAGUGGUAUUUUGAUGCCGCCGGAGCAAUUGCCUUGGGAUCGAAGGGAUUUUAGGAAGCACGAGAGAUCCGGGUCGGACCCCCGCUUUGGUGGCGGAGGAUUCGGCGGCGGGGGACAAAAUAGAUGGAGGGAGCAGCAUCACCACCCCCACGCGCCGCCGCCGCACCCCCCGCCUUAUCACCAUCACCAGAACAACCAUCAACAGCAGCAGCGCUGGUAUUCUGAUUUUCGUUCCUCUCGCCCUAUCCACCCUGGUCAUGGUAAGCAGGGUGGUUGGCACAUGUAUCCUGACGAGGCUGGUCAUGGGUUUCUGCCUUUUGGGUCUAGGUAUGGUGAAAGAAACCUAGAAGAUGAUAACUUCCGGCCUUUUGGAUCUCGUGCUGAUGGAAGGUAUUUGAGGAAUAGCAGGGAACAUAGGGGAUCCCUUAGCCAGAAAGAUUGGAAAUCUCCCUCUUGGGAACCUUCUGCAUCAUCCAGUGGUCCUUGGAGACCCACCACCGAGGUUACUGAUCAGAAGUCUGUAGAGAAUAUCCAAACAUGUGAUAACAUCAAUAGUAAGACCGAUGACUCCUCUCAUCCUCUUCCUAAUACCGUGUCAGAUCAGUCUCAUUUGCAAACUCUUGUGAAAGAGAAGCACGAGAAAGAGAAGCACGAGAAGAAUGGUGGCACUGCUGAUGGACCAUCAAGCUCAUGUCAGAAAUCUGUGAAAGAAAACGGCCUGGGAUCUAUAGAUUGGAAGCCUCUGAAAUGGACUCGGUCGGGAAGUUUGACUUCAAGGGGCUCUGGUUUCAGCCAUUCGAGUAGCUCCAAGAGUAUGGGUGUGGAGUCUACCGAGGUAGUGGCUGAGGUACAACAGAAGAAUGUGGCACCACCUCAGUCACCUGCUGCUGCUUCUGUCUUGUCCACUGCUCCAGCACCACAAGAUGAGACCAGUUCCAGGAAGAAGCCGCGUCUUGGCUGGGGUGAGGGUCUCGCAAAGUAUGAAAAGAAGAAAGUUGAAGGCCCUGAAGAUGGCACGCCAAAAUAUGGACUGGUUGUGAAUGUCUCUAAUACAGAAAAUAUGCAGUCACCUUCUGUUAACGUGCUUGAUAAGAGUCCUCGAAUUGGAAGUCUGUCAGAUUGUGCAUCACCUGCUACUCCAUCUUCGGUUGCUUGUAGUUCUUCACCAGGUGUUGAGGAGAAAGAAUCCAUCAAGGCAGCAAGAGUUGAUCAUGACGCCACUAAUUUAAGCUGUUCACCUAGUAUUAUGUCCCAGACUCAAUAUGAGGGACCAAUGUUUAGUUUAGAGAACUUGGAGCUCACAUCCAUUGCCAAUUUGAGCUCUUUGAUAAAUGAAUUGCUACAAUCCGAUGAUCAAAGUUCUGCUGAAACAGGUUAUGUACGGAACACCUCCAUGAAUAAGUUGUUGGUAUGGAAGGUUGACAUAUUGAAAGCACUUGAGGUAACUGAAUCUGAGAUAGAUUCGCUUGAAACUGAGCUCAAGAGACUGACAGCUGAACCUAGAAGUUGCUGUCCUUGUCCAGCUGCAUCGAGCGUGCUGCCAGGAGAGUGUCAUGUAAAAUCUUAUGAAGAACAAGUUGCUGCUUCCAGUUUUGCUGUUGGACCUACUCCUUUGAAGGUUGUUUCGUCCCAGGGCAUGAUAGAGAAUAGAUCCGCUGCACCUGAAGACGAGCAUGUGAUGUUCAAAGAUAGGGAGAUUGAUAGUCCAGGCAGUGCCACAUCUAAAUUAAUUGAGGUGCUGCCUUCUGGGCUGGAUGCCUUUCCUUCUGAGACAGCAGGAUGUGUGGAAGGUUUUGUGAAUAUGGACUCAAACAAUGCCAGUACCUUUGAUCAGACAUGCUUAGAGAAUGGUCUUGGCCCUGAUGAGAAAACUUGUCAUGUUGAUGCUCAUAAACCUGUUGUGGCUAACUGUCAAAAUCUUUCUAGUGAUGACAAUGUUCAUUCUGAUGGAGAUUAUAUUUAUCACUCUAUAGUGGCUUCCAAUAAAGAUUCAGCGGAAAGGGCCUUGGAGGAGUUGAAUAAGUCGUUGCCUACUCAGCAGUGUCUUUUUAAUACUUCGAUUGCAUCAGGUGUCACUUCUUUUCCAGGGGGUUCUUCGGUAAUUAAGGAGAAGUUUCUGAUGAGGAAGCGGUCCCUCCGAUUUAAGGAGAAGGUUCUUACCCUCAAGUUUAAGGUAUUUCAGCAUUUCUGGAAGGAAGGUCGCGUAGUUUCCGUAAGGAGUCUUCGGGGAAAGUCUCACAAGAAGUUGGAUCCAAGUCGGACUGGGUAUAAAAGGAAUCGUUCAUCCAGUCGCUCUCGAAUUUUGUUUUCUGCUGGGGGCCCUCGAACAGUGCCUGCAGAAGAAGUAGUUGAGUUUGUUAAUGGGUUGCUUUCAGAAUCAGCAUUCAAGCCCUGUAGGAAUUCUCUAAAGAUGCCGGCUUUAAUUUUGGAGAAGGAGAUAAGGAUGUCAAGGUUUAUCUCAAAUAAUGGUCUUGUGGAAGAUCCCCGUGCUGCUGAAAGAGAAAGGUCUUUGAUCAACCCAUGGACAGCUGAAGAGAGGGAAAUUUUCAUUGAUAAGCUUGCUAUUUUUGGGAAAAACUUCAUGAAGAUUGCAUCUUUUCUGCAGCGGAAAACAGCAGCGGAUUGCAUUGAGUUUUAUUACAAAAAUCACAAGUCAGAAUGCUUUGAGAGAGCUAGAAAUAAGACAGACUUUGCAAAGCAAAGAAAGUCUCAGUCUUCGACAUAUUUGGUUGGAACUGGGAAAAGAUGGAAUCGUGAGAUGAAUGCUGCUUCUCUUGAUAUACUCGGAGAAGCUUCCAUAAUUGCAGAUGUUAAUAAUGUCAUAGAAUCUCAGCGGAAAUGUGCAUCUAGGAUCUCUUUUGCAUCUAGUUCUCAUAAAGCGCCAAGGAUCGACGACGGUCCAUUGCAGAGAUCAAACAGUCUGGAUAUGUACAGUAAUGAAACUGUAGCUGCCGAUGUGUUGGCUGGUAUUUGUGGUUCUCUAUCAUCUGAGGCCAUGAGCUCUUGCAUCACAAGUUCUGUUGAUCCGGCUGAUGGGUAUCAGGAUUGGAAAUGCCAGAGAGUCACUUCUUGCAUAAAGCGUCCUUUGACCCCUGAUGUCACACAGAAUAUUGACGAUGAGUGCUCAGAUGAGAGCUGUGGGGAGAUGGAUCCUACUGAUUGGACUGAUGAGGAGAAAGCCAUCUUCAUUCAGGCAGUCUCAUCUUAUGCCAAGGAUUUUCUAAUGAUCUCGCAAUGUGUCAGAACAAGAUCCAGGGAGCAGUGCAAGAUAUUCUUUAGCAAGGCUCGGAAGUGUCUUGGGUUGGAUCAGAUCCAGCCUGAAGCUGGCAAUGCUGGAUCUGAUGAUGUUAAUGGAGGUGGUAGUGACAUUGAAGAUGCUUGUGUUGUGCGUACUAGUUCUGUUAUCUGUGAUGAUGGUUCAAAAUGCAAGAUGGAAGAUGAUCUGCUCCCUCCUGACAUGAAGUUCAGUUGUGAAUCUGAUAUAGCAGGAACACACAAUCUAAAGCCUGAUUUUAAGAUAUCUGGGGAUACUAGCGUAGCGUGUCCUCUUGAUCCUAAGGCUGCAGAACCUGUUGUAAAGAAUUUGUUAAUGGUUGAUACGCAGGUGGAUGAUAGGCCAGUUAUGGACUUCAAUGUGGAGAGCAAAGAAAACAAUGGUGCAUGUGGAUCUGCACUGGAAAUUAGAACCUCAGUUGUAUUGUCCAAUAUAGCAUCUGUACGCGUUGAUGAGGGAGAGGACCACGGCCUACAGAAUGGAUUGAGCGAUCCUGAUAACAAGGCUUUGGUUGAGGUUUCUGAUGGGCAUUGUUGGGAAGAGAAUGGAGGAGUAGGGCCUGUCUCACCUGAAGAUAAUUUGGACAAGAAGAAAGUUGAAGGCAGAGAUGCUAAUUCUAGUGAAGUGACUGUAGUGAACUGUGCAGCAAGUGAGAUUAAGUCUGAACCGCAGCUGGCUGGAAAAGUUGCUCAUCCUUCCUUUGAUGCGCAUUCAUCUGUGCAAGUUGAAUCUGGAUGCCAAAAGGAGGCUGACCUUGAAGCCUGUUCUACAGAAAAAUCUCUUGGUAUCUCAGUGGCGCAGAAUGGUCACUUAGCAUCUGUUGAAUCAUCGAUACUGUUUUCUGUUCCCAUUAAGUAUCAAAGACACUCGGGUAGUAAUGCUCUAUCAAAUGUUGAUACUAAUAGGAUCAGUAAAAAGCAAUCUCAGAAAAUUGUUAGGAUAGGUGAGAGCCAACAGUAUAUUUCAGGUUGCUCACCAUUAGGUCCUGAAUCUUCCCAGAUUCUGAAGGGGUACCCAGUUUCAGUGCAGACUGUGAAGGAGAUAAAUGGGGAUGUCAACUCCAAAAAACAUGUACUACUUCGGAAUAUCCCCAAACAGGAUGGAAAAUUGCAUUCAGACAGGCAUACAGAAUUCACCCUUCAAAAAUGUUCUAGUUCAAGACAUCAGAGUGAAGAUGUCCAGUCUGUGUUUCCAUCUCAAGAACAGGGCAGGGAUCAUACCAGGCCGCUAUCUGGUUGCUCACCUGAUGUUGAUAAACCUUCGAGGAGUGGUGAUGUCAAGUUGUUUGGUACAAUUUUGAUAUCCUCCCAGCAGAAACGUAAUUCUUGUGUUCAGGAAAGAGAUGAUAACGCCCAGCAUAAUAAAGCAGGUUGCCAGUCACUGAACCUGAAAUUCAGUGCUGAUCAAAAGGGUAUUUCAGAUGCUUCUCAGUCAAAGUUUGGCUGUAAUGAUCUGGGCUCUGAGAAUAUUUCUGCUAGGAGUUUUAGUUUCUGGGAUGGAAACAGGACACAGACUGGCUUCCCACCUUUGCCUGAUUCAACUCUUCUGUUGACCAAAUAUCCAGCCGCUUUUAGUAAUCAUUCCACCUCUGCAGGGGAAUUGGAGCAGCCACCAUUUCAUGGAGUCGCUAGGAGCAAUGACUGUCCCCGGAAUGAUGUCUCUGUUUUUCCAAGUGGAGAUCUGAGUAGUAGCAAUGGACUAGCAGACUAUCAGGUAUUAAGGCAAGAGUUGCAGUCGUUUACCAUAGAUAUGAAGCAAUCACAAGACGCAGUAUUCUCUGAGAUGCAAAGAAGAAACGGAUUUGAUGCAGUGUCGGGAGUGAUGCAACAGCAAGCGAGAGGGAUGGUGGGAAUUAAUGUUGUUGGAAGAGGAGGGGUUCUUGUUGGAGGACAGUGCGCUGGUGUUUCAGAUCCUGUAACUGCCAUCAAAAUGCACUAUGCUAAAGCUCAAAAUUACAAUGGUCAGGCAGGAAAUGUAAUUAGAGAGGAUGAUAAAUGGAGAAGUAAUGGGGACACUGGCAGGUAGCAGAUGUGGGAAGGGCGCUUCUAGCAGACGCCCUCGGAGGCAAGGUUUCUUACUCUUGUCUCUUGUAUUAUAGUUUUUGUGUUCUAACUCAGUUAUGGUAGGGCAGUGGACAGUUUUAGAAAUUCCAUCUUUUUGGGUCAGAAGAUUUCUAGAUCUUGUAAUAUUGCAGGAGCUUUGUAUUUGUUGUAUUCGAUCGAAGUACAGGAAUAAUCUCUAUCAAACAAUUUGGAGGGGAAAGAGGAAUUUCUGUUCCGGUGCAGCCGUAUUUCUUGAUUUUGAUGUCACCCCUCCCUGAAGAGCUUCACAACAUUACUGGGUUUACUGGUUAACCAUGCAAUUCUUGUCUUUCUUGCACGUCUCUUGCAAGGGUUAGUUUUCUGUUCUUCGUGUGAAUGGCAGUGAACAUUAGUGAGCUUCUUGAGCUAUGGAAAUUGUAGCUGUAGAAGUAAUUUAUAUGUAUAAGUUGUAUUGUCCAUCAAGAAUCAUUGUAAUUCUUGUUCAGAUGUGUUUUGGCUCCUCAA